AGGUAUACCUGAUAAUACUGAACCUGGUUGUGCACGGUAUAAUCCCUCUGCUGCUCCUCUCUAUCCUCAACAUAACCGUUUAUAGACAGAUUCGGAGUAUGCGGAGAACUAACAUUAUCGAGAGUUCAAGGGGAGAAUUCCACAGCAAAGAAAUUAGACUUUCUCAGAUAUCCUUAGUAAUUGUUGCAGUAUUUCUCCUGUGUCACGCUAUACGUUGGAUUCCUAACAUAUGGGAGCUCAGGCAGUCAGAUCAGAGCGAUAUUGACUGGCCCCCCUGGAUACAGAAUAUAACCUCCUUAUCCCAUCUUCUCACAGUCUUCAGCUCCUCGGUCAACUUCUAUAUAUACGCUUACAAACAGUGUAAUAGUCCGGAAGAGAACGAGAUUCUCAUGGAUGAAGUUGAACCUGAGUUUACACAGAGAUCAAUGAUGGAAGUUGCAAAUGUUGAGGUUGUUUUAGAAUCAAAAUCACAAGUUGCAACCUCCCGAGUGUGAAAAGUUGCAUUCUCCUCCGUGACGAAAGUUGCAUUCUGCAAAGUGCGGAAAAUUUCCAACUUCAGCGUUUGUACAGUUGCAACCUCCCGAGUGGGAAAAAUUGCAUACUUUGGAGUGUGGAACAUUUCAACCUUCCAUGUGUAAAGUUGCAACCUCUCGAAUGUGAAAAGUUGCAAACUCCGGAGGGUAAAAAGUUGCAAAGGUUUGCUUGCAUCUUAAAAGUGUUGAAAGUUUCAACCUACCGAGUGUAAACAGUUGCAACCUACCUAGUGUAAACAGUUGCAACCUACCGAGUGUAAACAGUUGCAACCUACCGAGUGUAAACAGUUGCAACCUACCGAGUGUAAACAGUUGCAACCUACAGAGAGUAAACAGUUGCAACCUACCAAGCGUAAAAAGUUGCAACCUACCGAGUGUAAAUGGUUGCAACCUACCAAGUGUAAACAGUUGCAACCUACCAAGCGUAAAAAGUUGCAACCUACCGAGUAUAAACAGUUGCAACCUACCGAGUGUAAACAGUUGCAACCUACCGAGUGUAAACAGUUGCAAUCUACCAAGCGUAAAAAGUUGCAACCUUAUACCGAGUGUAAACAGUUGCAACCGCCCGAUUAUUAAAAGUUGCAUCCUCCAAAGUGUGAAAAAUUUCAACCUUCCACGUGUAAAGUUGCAUUCUCCCGAGUAUAAACAGUUGCAACCUCCCGAUUAUUAAAAGUUGCAUCCUCCAAAGUGUGAAAUCUUCUGAAAAUGGUUGCUGAAGAAUUUCUAAUUUAUUUUCAGUAUAUAUUUUUAUUUUUAAACAAAACAAAACAAUAAUUUGAAAAAAGCAGAAAGUCGUGAAAAUAUUUCGUCUUUAUUCUUUUUUUAAAAAAUAUCGCUAAGAAUUUUAAAUUUUUUAUUGUUGCCAUUUAAAAUUUAAUUAAGAUAUUCAGGCACUUUUAAAAACACUACACAAUUAAACAGAAAAGGAAGCGAUGAGAAUUCCACUUUUUUUGUUCCCGCUCAAAAAUUGCGGGUAUUUUAAAUACAGAUAAAUUCCAACAAUUGAAAAAAAAUGUUUAAAUGCAUGUUAAAUAAUUUCUAUAUUUUUUCAACAUGCUCUGAAACUACUUUUUGUUUAAAUCCAGUUGAAAGUAACAUUUUGUAUUGAUUUACAGAGGAACAUAUCAAAUAUAAUUGUAAUUUGAUACAAUUUUCCAAGGAGAAUUGAAUAGAAGGAGGGGGCGAUAAACAGACAUGAAAUGAU